AUGGCCCCUCCAUUCGAUCCAGAGUUCGCAGCCGCUUUUGAACCGUUCAUUCCUUUUCUGGCAGCUCAACCUAAACCUGCGAUCCACGACAUCCAAGCACGAAGAGAGCGCUGCAAACAAGUACUUGUCCCCUUGGCCAAUGCUGUUCCCUUGAGCCCGGAUAUUGAAAUUACUGUACACCACGUCGCAUCAUACGAUGGCCACAAGAUUGAAGUCCACGAAUUUCGGAAGAAGUCCGCAACAUCUACCACUUCAACCUCGGCCGUCGUUCAUGCGCACGGUGGCGGGAUGAUCGUCGCCGAUGUUCACACGUUUAAGCACCUCGUGGCAAUGAUCGUCGAGAAGACAGGUGUGCCGUUCUUCAGCGUCGACUAUCGCUCCGCACCCGAAGUCACAGGCACGUCUCUCGUUGAUGACUGCUACGCAGCACUGCUUUGGCUGAAGGAGAACGCGGUGAAAUUCAACAUUGACCCAGCAAGAAUCGGGGUCGCGGGUGAAAGUGCUGGCGGUGGGAUCGCAGCGGGAGUGGCACUCAAAGCACGCGAUGAAGGUCUCAGUCCACCACUGGCAAAGCAGGUCCUGACUUAUCCUAUGCUCGAUGACCGGAACAAUAAGCCCAUCGAGUUCAUUGAAGCGCUUCAACCUUCUUGGAGUUUGAAUGAUAAUAUCACCGGUUGGACGGCGCUAUUGGGGAAGGACAAGGCAGGGAUCCCCGAUGCAGAUGUAUCUGAGUACUCGGCACCUGCGCGCGCAAAGAGCGUAAAAGGCCUGCCUUCAACUUACAUAGAUGUGGGGACAUUGGAUAUCUUCCGGGAAGAGGACAUGUUGUAUGCGAGUCGCAUUGCGGCAGAGAACAUCGACUGCGAAUUCCACCUGUACCCUGGAGUACCGCAUGGCUUUGAGCUCAUCGCUCUCCAGUCUGGUAUUGUGCAACAGGCUUUUCAGAAUCGAAUAAAGGCAAUACUUUCAUUCUAG